AUGCGCCCUGUAUUUUACAUAUUAAGAGGCUGUAUUACUUAUUUCACCGUCUUGACAAGCAGGGCACAGACUGGAAGCCUUGAACUCAUCAACCAAGUAUACCUAGAAGCCUCUCUUUUCUGGAAUUAUAUGCAUUCAGAUACCUCUGAUGGAGUCAUGAUAGUUACUUUGUCCGGCCAACCAAUUGUCAAGUAUCAGUACAGCAUAAUUUCCGAACCUUCUUCUACUAUUGUUGGCCAAGCGUUUGUCUCCAUGGGCUUUCAUCACCUUGGAAUUAAUAUCCAUAACCCUUCUUUAUACCACUUCUUUAUCCAAAAUACGCUUAUAUACCGUCAUAUAAUAUGUUUCUGCGGCUGUCGCAAUAUUUUUCUUGCUUUCCUUAUUCUUAUUCAUACUACUCCCCGUCGUCUUGAUCCUUUACAUAUUUUUCAAGAGCAAGUUGAAAAAUAUUCGAAUUUUAUUUCCAUAUUGAAGCUUGAUCCCAUUAAGAAGCUAUUUGAUGAGCAUAUUUCAUGUCGGCUGGCUCAUACGAACAGCACUAAAAUUACUGGACUUGAUAGUUGGGUAUUAGAUACCUGGUGUGGGCGUUGGCUACAGGUUACAAGGCUUAGCUACCGCACCCUGUGGUUUAUAAUUUCUGAUCAGCACGUUUUGCUUUAUGGGGAUUCUAUAUGUAAAAAGUCAUUUGUGGCUGUGGCCUUUGUCUUUAAUUACAAAUUAACCGCAUCAAAUGUUCCCAUAGAAACUAUUUUUCUUUAA